AUGCCGAACUGGACUGCCCGUCUCCCCUUCCGUCGCGGAACCAACACUGCCUAUCAAGCCAGUAUGGCUGAUUCUUGUGACCCCACAGAGUCAUGCUUCCCUCAGAACACGCCCAGCUCUGCUGCUGCUGGGCCUUCGAUCCUCAAGAAGGGCUCUAAGAUUAGCAUCCCCCAGAUCAUCAUCACUCUUGACCCUUCGGAUGAAAACGAUGGACAUUGCAAAUCCAAGUUUAUCGAUAUCAUUCCGGCCACAGAGCGCCCCAUGUACAUUGUCACCUACAACGGUGGAGAGUAUCACCGCAUCCGGCCUACCCCGAUUCAGAGUCAGGAUCCCUUCAUCCACGCCAGUCCUAACAAGCGACUUGCUGCAUCCAUCGAGUCGGGGUCUCUCAAAACAGGUAUCUGCCGCAUUUCGGAAUGCGAGUACUGUAACCUGUGUGAUCGCUUCAACAUCGACGCCUUUGCUGAACAGAAGGCGCUGCUCGGCGAAAGCAACCUCUGGAACGACUGGGACCCUUACUUCCACUGGAUCAUGAACGAACAAAUCCCACACUUUGGCGACGACAACCUGGGGUCUGGUAGCAAGAAGACUGGUCCGUGCUGGAUCAGUGACUGCGAAACUUGCUCAGCCGAAGAUCGCGAAACCCUAUCCAACGAAGAGUGCAAUUGUAGUCGUAACAAGAAGAGUUUGACUAUCAAGUGCAUAUGCCGCCAUCGGCAACCAUAUCAUGGGUGCAGGGCCGUCACGAAAGGGGUCCGUAAAGUCCCAGCAUUUCCAUCCCGCCUUUGCACUAUUCCGGCCAACCGCCCCAACGGUAAAUGCACUCACUGCAAGGAGAUGAAUUAUCUAUUGUCUAGUCUACACAAAGGAGGCCACAGUAUCACGGAUUUCACAGACAUGGAGAAGUUUCAUAACCAUAUUUUACUCCGCCGACUUGCAUUUGCUCUCAGCCCUAAGGCAGCCCGGCCUUCAGACGUGGGGCCGCUGACUUUCAACCACGUCUUCGGGGUUGUGACCUUCGACCUCCCGUCGCCGGUUCCCAAGAGUGUUGUCUUUUCCAUCGACUACGACGCUCGCAUCUAUCACAGAAAAUCCCAAUGGAAGCCAGCUAGGGAUCCCUCGCCUUACCCACGUAUGGCCAAGGCCGUUGACGAACGCGGCGAUGGCAUGAGAGGCCGUUCAGUCACAUUCAAGCUUCUACCUCAACUCAGCGAUGAGGAGCAACGUGGGCGAGCCUCAACCCGCACCGCUGUGCGAUCACGAAAGGCGACACCGCACCCAAAAGUGGCCCGGGGAGGACUUAUACCGCGCCCAAUGCUCCGCGACGAGCCUCUCGGAAGGCCGUCAUUCCUCAAACGUCGCUCAAGCUGUCCAGGGCCGUUUCCGAAGAAACCAAGACCCACCACAGGAUACCUUGAGCUCACCGUAGCUGGGUCUUCAACAAUACCCCAUACACACUCCAGCCCGCCUACGCCCGGUUUCACCUAUAUUCCAAAGGAUACGGCUUCUACAAUAACUAGGUCUCCGCCAACACCUGGCUUCACCUUUAUCUCCAAUGAUGGGUCUAUCAGGGAGACCGCAGCUUUCAGCAGCCUCGCAGAAUGGGACGGCCAGGACUACGAUAACUCGCACGGCCAAGAUCAGGGACAGGCGAGCACUAAUACCGAUGAUCUCCCUGAGGUGCCUGAGCCCUCGUUCUUCAAGAAAUGCUUGAUCCUCUUGCAGGUGAUAGACAACCCAAUGGUCUGCAAGGGCUGCGAGCUUGACAUCCACGCAUGUGAGUGUUCACAAUGA